GAGUCCUCUUGUGUUGUGGUUGGGCCACUCAGACGCUCCUCCAGGGAAAGGCCAGUCACACAGACGAAACACACGAACAGAAGGCGAGACAGACAGACAGAGAAGAGUAUCCUGCAGAUCGACAGGACAGAAGCACAGAAACGGACGGAGAGAAAAACAAGACAGAUAACUCAAGCUGAUAAACAUGACACUGCGUGAGGAGUUGCGUAGUCGUGAGUUCUGGCGUGCCAUGCUGGCCGAGCUGCUGGGUUCCCUGGUGUUUGUGAGUGCUGUUCUGGGGGCCUCUGUGCCGGGCCCUGGAGAGGCCUCCACGGGGCCCCUCUACCCAGCCCUGGCUGCAGGCAUGGUGGCUGUUGCCCUGGGACACUGUUUUGGAGAGAUCAGCGGAGCACAGGUGAACCCAGCAGUUACCCUGUCUCUGUUGGCCACGCGGAAGCUGGACCUGGUGAGGGCCCUGGUGUACGUGGGAGCCCAGUGUCUGGGGGCCUCCCUGGGGGCCGGGGCUCUCUACUUCGCCCUGCCCCUCAAAACCACCGCAGACUGCUUCGUCAGCAGGGUUCCUCUCGAGGUGAACGCGGCCCAGGCUCUAGGGAUGGAGCUUCUGUCAACGUUCCAGCUGGUCUUCACUGUGUUCUCCGUGGAGGACCACCGUCGGAGGGAGUACACAGAACCAGGGAACCUGGCCAUCGGCUUCUCUCUCAGCGCAGGCGUGCUCAUCGGGGGUCGGUUCUCUGGAGGCAGUAUGAACCCGGCACGUUCCCUGGGUCCAGCCAUCAUCACUGGCUUCUGGGAAAACCACUGGGUAAAACACCUUGAACUGCAUACCGAACAAAUUCUCUCUUGCUCUCUCUAUUAA